AUGAUAACCGAAUUAAGGUGGAACGUAAGUAAUUCGUUAAUUGCGAUCAGCAAUUGCUUGGAGUUGAGUCGUCUGCGAACAAAACUACCAGAUAUUCGUAUAGUUAACGAAAUGCGUUGUUGGUUGAUGAAGUUUGGGGAUAAAGGAAACAAAUGGGCAUCGCAUUCGUGUUCCAUUAUUAUCGAUCUCAUCGAGGGCAAAAGGAACGUAUCGUGUAAAGAAAUGGCGUUGUCAUUUGGAAGUGGUCAAACAACAAUUUCAACAGAUCUGGAAGAGGAGAUUUAUAAUGAUGCAUCGCUUUAUCUACAGCACUCUGAAAAUAUUAUCCCUAAUACUGCCGAUAAUAAUCAAGUGGAGCAGAUCAGUGAACAGAGUGCAUCGCAGAAUGGUGACGGCAUCGGAAGGAUAGAAACGAACGACGAGCAAAACGGUGAUGAUACUGAACAAAAACCAAACGACACUCCUGAUAAUAGCCACUAUUCACCUUCACUGUUAACACGACUCGAAGUUGCGGCCAAACGUGCUGUUUCGAACAGUAGUAAUGGUUGUAUUGUGCAGAACGCGUCUUCAAAAAGUCAGCGCUCUAUCUUCAACCUCCGUGAUUUUCUGCAACUUCACGAGAUCAAUAAGGAGCUGAAACGUUAUAUUGGUCAUGACUUGUCACAAAACAAACAGAAUGGAUUUUCAAGCGCUGUAAAGAAUGAAGAAAAAGAUCUGGGGAAUGUUAUAAUGAAAAAUCAACAAAGUUUCGAACAAAAGCUUGAUGGAGUUGUAAAAAUGAUGCAAGAAAUGGCUAACACCACGUCAACACCAUCCACUUCAAUGCCUCAAGCACCUAUACAAAUGCCCUCAUUGCACAUGUUGCCUGCAACGUUCAUUUAUAUGCGUCACUUCUUGAUUGUUCCUAUCCGUAUUCUAAAGCAUCUGUUGAUAUUUGAAGAAGAACUUCAAGACAAAGCGUUCCAAAUGUUCGACUUCCUGGCCGACACCUUCCAGCCAUAG